UGAAAAUUCAACAUCUGGAAGACGAGCUCGUCUUGUAAUGCAUGCAAGCAAUAGUCCAAUAGUAAUAAUUCGUGAUAGUGAACAUGACGAUCAAGGAAAUAGGUCAUCACAGGAACGUCAUGUGCGAGAAAGACGUUCAAGGUCUCCGUCAACAUCACGUCAACGAUCAGAUCCUAUUAAUUCUACUAUAGCUAAUUAUAGUACCUAUUACUCCGAUAGAGAUCGUGACGAUUUGUACUCUCGAAGUAGCAAUAAUCUUAGUUCUAUUAAAGACAAUGAAGUUGGAGAGUCAUCAAACAGAAUGGACCGAAAUCGUACUGUUAAUUUUCUGGAUGGAUUGCAAAUAUCGGAUACCAAUGAUUCUUCCAGAUACCAUAAUGAUGAUUCCAGAUAUAGAAGUGAUGAUUCUCGUAGUAUUAAAUCAAACAUCAACGACUUUUCCCGAUAUAAUGAUAAUGGAUAUGAUGAAACACCCCGAAGUUAUGAUCAUUACAAUCAAAGUUCACUGGAUUCAUCAUCUAAUGUUCGAAAUGACGGGACGUUUUAUAAUAAUUCAAAUAAUCGGCACGGGUUUGGUAAUCCCCUUUCUCAAAACAUAUUUAAUGCAUCACAUCACUCUGCACAAUGA